CGCAACUGGCUCGCGAAAACAACACUAGCAUUUUGGUUUGAACAAAAAACAAGUAAAGGAAGGCAGAAUAGGCUCCUCAGUAUGAGUCGAGAUGGAUGGAGAAAGAAAGCCAGUGAAGAUGAUGGUUGGGGAGGAAGGGGGGGCUACAUGGCUGCGAAGGUGUGUAAAUUGGAGCAGCAGUUUCACAUGGACGCUCCCAGAGAAAAACAGAAAGAAGGAGCUUCCUCUAGCAUCUUUAAUGGAGUAGCUAUCUACGUCAAUGGAUACACAGAUCCCAGUGCCGAUGAGCUGCGUAGACUCAUGAUGCUACAUGGCGGCCAGUACCAUGUAUAUUACUCACGCUCCAAAACUACACACACCAUCGCCACAAACCUGCCCAACAACAAGAUCCAGGAACUCAAAGGGGAGAAAGUAGUGCGGCCAGAGUGGAUCACAGACAGCAUUAAGGCCGGCCGACAGCUUUCCUACCUGCAGUACCAGCUGUAUCCCAAACAGAAGAGCCUGGCUUUUCCAAGCAUGUGUGUCCGAAAAGCCCAAGAGCCUGCCAGCUCCAACCCAAGUCAUCCUCAUCAAGGAAAUAUCCAUCCGCAGUCCAACAACGACCAAAUCCUCCCAAGCUACAGUCACCCCAAAACAGCUCUCAACAGCCCUCUAACGAUGCAGCAACAAUCUAACCUCAUUCAGCAUAGCCAUCAGGAGUCUGACAUCAGACUGAAUGGCUCGGUCAGAGGUUGCCCCAGACAGGGCGAGGAAACCCCCAAGGUUAAUGGGGUUCAUGAGGAGACCAGAGAUAACCCCUGUCCUGCCACGGGCGGGUUGAAGGAGUCCACACUCAUCAACGGCCACGCCCAUCUUGUUAACGGUGCCUUAAAACCUCUAGACUUGGCUCCUCACUCAAAUCGUCCCUUCGCUGGGGUCAGGCCGAGGUCUCCUCAGCCCCAUUCUCCUCACUUGGAGCACAGAGACGCAGCAGGUCCCAGCCGCCCCCCUCCUGUGAGUCCGAAACCAGAUGCCGAUCAGAGACCCAGAACACCUAUCGCCUGUCCAUCAAAACUGUCCAAUCCCCAAUCUGCACCUCACCACAGGCAAGAUUCUGAUUUGCCCAGCGCUCAGAGUUCUGUUCUACCCGGGCUGAGCACCAAUCAGGGGCUGUUUAAUAUAUCAGAGAAGUCGGUCCUCCAGGAUCAGACAGGCAGGGUUUCUGUGAACGGGAGUUUCCACAGCGUUUCGCCCUUUAAACCCACCCCGAACGACUGUGGCCAGUCAGGCAAAUCCGUGGCCCAGGAGGCGGAAGCCAAAAUCAUCUCAGAGUUCUACUCUCACUCCAGACUCCACCAUAUCUCCACAUGGAGGAACGAGUUCUCGGAGUACGUGAACUCGCUGCAGAGCCGACGGCGCGCGGGGGGCGGAGCCGUGUUCUCCGGAAAAGACAGGCUCAGGAAGCUCUGUGUGAAUUCCAAUUCAGGUUCUUCCUGCCUUCGUGCACCUCAGGUACGUCAGUCCUGUAUCCUUCAUGUGGACAUGGAUUGCUUCUUCGUGUCAGUGGGCAUCAGACACAGACCUGACCUUGUAGGCAAGCCCGUUGCUGUGACGAGUAACCGUGGUCCGGGGUAUGUUGCCCAGCGACCAGGUGCCAACCCUCAGCUGGAGCAGUUGUUUUAUCAGAGGAAGGCGAACCAGUACAGAUCAGAGAGCAGAGAUGGAGAGCUAGAGAUGACCCCCUCCCCAGAGAAUGAAGAAACUCAAAAUAACGGGAUGGUACAAGACCUGGCCGCUCUGUCUAUGGCAGAGAUCGCCUCCUGCAGCUACGAAGCCAGGCAGGCUGGUGUGAGGAACGGUAUGUUUUUCGGCCAGGCGAAGCAGUUGUGUCCAGAGCUGCAGGCUGUGCCCUAUGACUUCCAGGCUUAUAAAGAGGUGGCAUUGACCAUGUAUGAGACUUUGGCCAGUUACACAUACGACAUUGAGGCUCUGAGUUGUGACGAGGCUUUGGUAGACGCCACCGCCCUCCUGGCCGAGCUGGGCAUCACACCAAAUGAUUUGGCCAGCGCCAUCCGAGCGGACGUGAAGGAGAAGACUGGCUGCAAUGCCUCAGUGGGCAUGGGGUCCAACAUUCUUUUGGCCAGGUUGGCGACCCGGAAAGCCAAGCCGAAUGGGCAGUACUUCCUCAGAUCAGAAGAGGUGGACGAUUUCAUCAGGGAUCAGCCGGUCACACGUCUGCCGGGUGUCGGGCGUUCCAUGGCUUCGAAACUGGGCUCGCUCGGGGUGAACACGUGCGGGGACCUUCAGCAGGUGUCCAUGGCCCGACUGCAGCGGGAGUUUGGACCACGGACGGGCCAGACCCUGUUCCGUUUCUGCAGGGGGCUGGACGACAGAGCAGUUCGCAGUGAGAAAGCCAGGAAGUCCGUGUCUGCUGAGAUGAACUAUAACAUCCGCUUCACACAGGUGGAGGAGGCAGAGUCUUUCCUGACUAACCUGUCUAUGGAGGUGCAGAAGCGUCUUCAGGGAGUGGGACUUAAAGGUCGAAGGGUCACUCUGAAGGUCAUGAUGCGAAAACCAGGGGCCCCUGUGGAGCCAGCCAAGUAUGGAGGCCAUGGCAUCUGCGAUAACCUGGCCAGGUCUUCUUCAUUGGCUCAUGCCACAGACAGCGGGCAGCUGAUAGCAGCGGAGGCUCUAAAGCUUUUUUAUGCCAUGAAGCUGGAUGUGAAGGACAUGAGGGGGGUGGGGCUCCAGGUGCAGCAGCUGGAGGGAUCACACGCAGGCCAUCAGGACACCUCAAGCCCAGGAACAUCUCGAUCACGCUCCAUCAGAGACCUGUUCAUGGCUCAGCGCCCUAUUGGUGGGCAACCCAGUGCUUCCAAUCAGGAAAAGAGCUCCACCGUCACAGCUCCUCCCACUCCUCCAUCGGAGCCAAUGCCUGGUACAAGCAAAGGAGAACCUCCUCCCGUACACACCCCAAACCACGCCCGGACACGCCUCAACUUUAGCAUAGAGGUGCCAUCUCCCUCUCAGGUGGAUCGCUCUGUGUUGGAGGCUUUACCUGCUGAGCUGAGACGGCAGGUGGAAGAAUCCUGGAGCCACAGGGAGACAGAACCAAACACCAGUGCCCCGCCCCUCAGUUCUCCAUGCCCCUCCCCUCCCCUAGCACAGCCCAGGGGCACCCUGGUACUCCAACUGCCAAACCAGCCUGGCCAAGCGGGUGCCACUGGCAUUGUACUGGAACUACCCGACUUCUCCCAGGUUGACCCCGAAGUGUUUGCAGCUUUGCCCCAGGAGCUGCAGGAGGAGCUGCGUUCUGCUUAUGGGCGUAGGGAAAACGCCCAGCUCCAAGGCACUGUGGUAGAGCAGAGAAAUGCUCUGCUCCAGCUGAAGCAGCCCACAGCUGGCAGGACAAAGCGACGCUAUAAGAGGAGGAAUGCGAGUCCUGCCAAAAAAGGCCCGAGUCCUCUAAAAAGACUCCUCCCAGGGAACAGCCCUGCCAAACACAGUCCCUCAAAAGCACUACCACUCCCACCCAAACAGAUAGACGCAUCCACCGGCCUCAAGACUGAAAAUGGACCAUCUUCAUCCUCCCAGAAACAAAACAUCCCAGAGGUUCUUUCCAAAUACACGCCCCGCCCUGCGCCCACCCUGGCUGGAGCGUGUGAGCUGAGUGACAUCAGAACCAUCCUACGGGAAUGGGUCACCACCAUCUCAGAGCCUGUGGAGGAGGACAUACUUCAGGUUGUCAGAUACUGCACUGAGCUGGUGGAGGAUAAAGACCUGGAGAAACUUGACCUGGUCAUCAAGUAUAUGAAAAGGCUAAUGCAGCAGUCAGUGGAAUCUGUUUGGAGCAUGGCAUUUGACUUUAUACUUGACAACGUGCAGGUGGUGGUGCAGCAAACCUACGGCAGCACCCUGAAGAUUACAUAGGACAGCCCCGUUCUCCUUUAACAUCUGCCCUUGAUGAAGUCUGUAAAAGAACACUACGGAAUUCCAAAUGCUCAGAUCAUCAUGACAUCAUGUAAACAUUCUUUUGUAUGACAUCAUUGGAUCCAGCUCUUGAUCGAGACACACAGAGAAGUUGUAACCGUGAGGUCAUGGCAGUGCUCUUUUAAAUGUGACCACAAUAGAAUUUAUAAAAGUCUUUGAGCAGUUCAUUGCAGCACUUUUCGUACGAUGUGAUGUCAAAUGAACAACGCCCUCCCACUGUGACAUCAUCAAAAUGGUCUCACAACAGUCUGUUGUUGUAAAGUCAACAAAACUGUGCCCAUUUCCUCCUGAAGAGAGCUCUCACGAUGACACGAAAGGAGAUGCGAACGUGUGUUUAAGAUUUGUAGACAAGCAAAUAUCUGUUUACCAAAUGGACAUAAACUCUAGGAUAAUAUUUUUGACUGCUGCCCAGAGUGAAGAUAUUUCAGAGCAAAUUGUGUCUGCCACUCUCCAUUUUCUUUCUCUCAAGGUCUUCUGUUUUAAUGCCCUUCACAUCCUUUCACUAAAUCCUUCUGUGAUGUGCCAUUUUGACAU